UGAAAAUUGCGAGAAGCUUUCGAGUAUUUGUCCAGAGCCUCUAGAGGAGUCAUUCCCAGAAAACCGCUGCCUCUUUGUAUUUCCAACUGAUUCCAAUUCAGCUUCACUCUCAGCGACCUCAAUUUCGACUCAGUCAUGGAGGAGGAGGACUGCUGCGCCACGCAACUCGUCGACGCCAACGGCGACUUCAACGUGCAAGGCCUGGAGAAUUUCACGAAGAAGGUGAAGCUCGCCGAGUGCGGCCUCUCCUACGCCGUCGUCGCCAUCAUGGGCCCUCAAAGUAGCGGGAAGAGCACCUUAUUGAAUUAUCUUUUCCAUACAAAUUUCAGGGAGAUGGACGCAUACAAGGGAAGGAGUCAAACAACCAAAGGCAUUUGGAUAGCUAAGUGUGUUGGCAUUGAGCCUUGCACAAUUGCCAUGGAUUUGGAGGGUACUGAUGGGAGGGAAAGAGGCGAGGAUGAUACUGCAUUUGAGAAACAAAGUGCUCUAUUUGCUUUGGCAGUUUCUGACAUUGUGCUGAUAAACAUGUGGUGCCAUGAUAUUGGUAGGGAGCAUGCUGCCAAUAAACCUCUUCUAAAAACAGUUUUUCAGGUCAUGAUGCAUUUGUUCAGUCCCCGUAAAUCAACCCUGUUGUUUGUUAUACGUGAUAAAACAAAGACCCCACUUGAACAUUUGGAGCCUGUUUUAAGGGAAGAUGUUCAGAAGAUAUGGGAUGCAGUGCCUAAGCCCCAGGCCCAUAAAAAUACUCCUCUUAGUGAAUUUUUUAAUGUUGAGAUCACUGCUUUAUCCAGUUAUGAGGAGAAGGAGGAGAAGUUCAAAGAGGAGGUUGCUCAACUGAGACAGCGAUUUUUCCAUUCUAUUUCUCCUGGAGGGCUUGCUGGUGAUAGGAGUGGUGUUGUCCCUGCUUCUGGAUUUUCGUUCAGUGCACAGCAGAUAUGGAAAGUUAUUAAAGAGAACAAGGAUCUGGAUCUCCCUGCUCACAAGAUAAUGGUUGCCACUGUCCGGUGUGAAGAGAUUGCCAAUGAGAAGUUAAGUCGCUUGACCUCUGAUAAGGCUUGGUUGGCACUGGAGGAAGCUGUUCAAGCAGCUCCAGUAUCAGGUUUUGGGAAACAGAUCAGCUCAAUUUUAGAAAAAUAUUUUUCAGAAUAUGACAUGGAGACAGCAUACUUUGAUGAAGGUGUACGAUAUGCAAAACGACGGCAACUGGAGUCAAAAGCAUUGGAUUUUGUGCACCCUGCUUAUACCACCAUGUUGGGACAUCUGCGUUCUAAAGCUCUUGAGAGUUUUAAGAGUAGAUUGGAGCAGUCACUGCACAAAGGAGAAGGGUUUGCUGCAUCUGUUCGUACUUGUACUCAGUCCUGUUUGCUUGAGUUUGACCAAGGAUAUGCAGAUGCUGCCAUAAGACAGGCUAAUUGGGAUGCUUCAAAAGUCCGUGACAAACUUCGUCGUGAUAUUGAUGGACAUGCAUCAUCUGUUCGUGGUGCAGAAUUGUCCAAAAUAAUAGCCAUUUAUGAGAAACAACUUAACCUGGCACUGAUGGAGCCGGUAGAAUCCUUACUUGAAGCUGGUCAAAAAGACACCUGGGCUUCAAUAAGAAAACUUCUUAAACGUGAGACUGAGGUUGCUGUAGCAAAGUUUUCAACUACUAUUGCUGGUUUUGAGUUGGACCAAGCAACAGUUGACAAAAUGGUGCAAAAUUUGAGGGACUAUGCAAGAAACUUGGUGGAGAAAAAGGCAAGAGAAGAAGCUGGAAAAGUUUUGAUCCAUAUGAAGGAUAGGUUCUCAACUGUAUUCAAUCAUGACAAUGACUCAAUGCCGAGGAUUUGGACUGGGAAGGAAGAUAUUAGAGCUAUUACAAAGGAUGCACGCUCUGCGUCUCUAAAGCUUUUAUCUAUUAUGGCUGCCAUACGCUUGAAUGAGAAGCCCGAUAAGAUUGAAGAUUCACUUUUUUCCUCUCUUAUGGAUGGUGCUGUUCCUCUUCCUUCUUCUCAAGAUAGGAGCAUCAAAGCUCCUUCUGACCCUCUUGCCUCAAGCACAUGGGAGGAGGUUUCCCCAAAGGAUACGUUAAUUACACCAGUGCAGUGCAAAUCUUUGUGGAGACAGUUCAAAUCAGAGACGGAGUAUACAGUCACUCAAGCUAUUUCAGCACAGGCAGCUCAUAGGCAAAGUAACAGUUGGUUACCUCCUCCAUGGGCAAUCCUGGCGAUGGUUGUCCUUGGUUUUAAUGAAUUUAUGCUGGUUUUAAGGAAUCCUCUUUACCUCAUGGUUUUAUUUAUUGUCUUUUUACUAUCGAAAGCCUUAUGGGCACAGAUGGAUAUAGUCGGAGCAUUUCAAAAUGGCACUCUGGCUGGUCUACUUUCAAUUUCAUCGAGGUUUUUUCCCACUCUCAUGAACCUUCUAAGACGACUUGCUGAAGAAGCUCAAGGGCAUCCAACACCAGAGGCACCAAGACCAUCCUAUUCUGCUGCUUCUCAGAUUUACAGGAAUCAAAUUCCUGAGCCAAAUCCCACAUCAAGCCAAAUUCCUAAGUCGUCUGUAUCAUCGAAUAUUUCAUCUGAUGAUGAUAAUGGUGUGGAAUACUCGAGCCCCAACUUGAUGCACAGGCGAACUACAAACAUUCAGGAAGCAGAACGUUCUUCAUGAAACCACAUUCGUAUAUGUCUG